ACUCUCAACCCCGUUGUCAAGAAAGGCACCAUUAUUACUCCGACUCUCCUCCACAGAGAUCAUGAAAGCACUCAAGGUUGUUCCUGUCCUCCUUUCACUGAUUUACAUCAACGCCAGCAUCACCAGAUGGCCUACACACAUAAUCUGCAAGAACAAUAAUUUGGAAGUGAACUACAGAAGCUGUGAUCCUCUGCAAGAUAUUGCUCUGAGUGUUGACAGCUGCACCUAUAUCGCCGGCAGAGAUGUUACCAUCCGAUUAGCAACUGUUUUAAGGCAUGCCAUCAAUGAACUCUAUGUGGAUUUCAGUUUUACCAUUAAUGGACAGAUUGUACCACUUUACAACAAGCAAGUUUGUGAACGAAAUCAGCCCCAGUUUCAAUUCUGUGGAAAGAAGAAAGGAGAAUAUAUUUACUACGCAGGGCCCGUCUCUCUGAACAUGGAGAACAUCCCACAAGGCGAAUUUAAUGUAACAGCUCAGCUCUUCAACGAAGACCAUCACACAAUUAUUUGUGCCAAUUUUUAUAUCCACAAUCACUGAGAAGUUGCUUUUUGCUGCUUUUUGAACUGGCGUCGCCUAGACCCAAACCUGAACUUUAAGGACCAGCUGUAAGUCCCUUCCUUCAGCACCAUCGUAACUUUGAACAGUCACUGAAGGAAUGGACAUAACUUGAGGACCACCUGUAUCACAAAAGUAGUAUCAUUAAAUGAACUCAUACUAUUUCAACAGAUUACCACUUGCAAUUUCAUCAAUUUUUGCCUUAAUGGGAAUACUUUGGGAGAUUUUUGAAUAUAGUACAUGUUACCAUCUUUAAGUCAGUUUAAAUAUCCCUUUUGUGAUGAGUAAUGGGCUUGUAUAUUAUUACUGCCCAUUUUUAUCCAAUUUUGGGUACAGGGUCCUGUAGCUCUUAACUUACAACCAGUUGCUUAGCAGCCAUUCACAAUUAUCACAGACCCCUCCCAAAAGGUACUUAGAAACCAGUUCCAUUCCAUCCUUCUCCCCAAGUCACAUGAUUGUAUUCUGGACACUUAACAAUCUUAACCAGGACACUUAACCAGUCCGCAUGUUUAUAGUCACAUGACUGCAAUUUAUGUAUUGCCAGGAACUGGCGCUUACUUAAGAGCCGAGGUGGCGCAGUGGUUAAAUGCAGCACUGCAGGCUACUUCAGUUGACUGCAGUU